GUCUAGGGGCUCUGCUGGUGUGUUAAUAUUGCUCACAUGUCUUGAGUUUGAACUCAAGAGUGAAUGUUUACUAAUUUUGGAGGUUUUGGAAGGAUAGCAAGUCUACAGCAGCAGGCACUUUUUGGUCGAUUGGGCUACUGACAAACAGAUUUGAAUUGGAAUCCUGUGUUCCCUGAAGAUUUAAUUAUCAUAUGUACAGCAAUUUCAGAGUUUAUUGAAUUGGCCUCUCUCCAUUAGAGAGCAAAUAAAUGGCACUAGAGAUACUAUUUCUAACUUAGGCCUUGUUCCUUGAAAUUCAGUUCACAAUGGGAUCAUUUAUUGCACGGAAUGGAGGUGGUAGUGGGGGGUAAAAGAUUUAGAGAUUGUGCUGAGCAUGUCAUGCUGUUUAGAUCUCUUAUUUUUAAGAUGAUAUUUGGUACAGAGAAUUUACCAAAUAUAUAGGGAUUAGCAUUUAAAUUACUCAACUCUAUGGCCAUUAAGAAUCUAGUACUCAACUUCCUUUUUGUUUAUGUACUGGUAGCUGAGGUUCAAUGUGUGGCUACUACUAUAAGCCAGAGCUGGUAGGGCUUGAUGAUGGAUUGCCAAAAUCUUUUUGCAAAGUGGAUGUUUACUGGUUUAUGUGCUGAUUAUCUUUUGGCCACUGUUACAUCUUAUACUGGAGGAAUUUUUCAGUGGAGCUGAAUUCAUAGUAUAUAAAACAAACUUGGUGUCUUUUUGAUGGCAUUAAGCAUAUAGUGGAUAUUUUAUCAUGGGCUGAGGGUUGCUUUUGCUACUUUUUGGAUUUAUGGACGGAUAAUCAGGCUGAUUCUGAACCUGGGUAUUUAUUUUUUGGUGGCUACUAGGUGGCAUAAUUAUGGGCCAUAGACAUUUAUUAAGCUCUUCCCAGAUGUUUGAAACUGGACCUGAUCAGAAUUGGAAUCAUAUGCAUACAGAACAACCUCAUGCAAAUAUGGGCAGGGUUGGCACGGCAGAGAAUGGUUCUUUCUUAUAUCCUGGGGAAAACAUGUCUCUUGAUGGAGUGCAUUUUACUUCUCACUGGAACCCUGCACCAAGCUCAAAUGGGUAUACCUCUAGUCACAAUAGUGAAAUGCCACAUUACCAACCAGAUGGUUCCAGCCCUUCCUAUGAUCCUUUUCUGCAUCGAUCAACAGCCGAUGGAUCCUUUUAUACAACACCAGUAAAUUAUGUUCAUCAUACUGCUUCUAAUUAUGAUCAACAGACACUCCACAGCAGUGAAGGUGGUUUUGUUGGUCUUACCACGGGCAAUGGAAGAGGGCCUCACAAGAGAAAAAGCCCUGGGGUCCCUUCAGUCUGUGAGAGAGGCAGCACAAGCAGAUUCUACAAUGCUGGAAGUUCCUCUGAUCUCCCUCUACCUUCUGAAAUCUGGCAGGAGAAACCAAAUAUGGAUUACCAAUCUGUGUCUUGGGAUCGCAGUACUAUAACUCCAAGUUAUAGAAGUAAUGCCCUAGCAAUAAGGGGUGAGGGCUCUGUGAGGAAUGUGAGAAGCCGUCCUGCACUUGAUUUGGAACCCAAUCUUGCUAGGGCACAUUUAUCAACCAAUCCUUCCCACAGUUCUUAUUCAGCAGGCUUACCCCUUGAGUCUUCUAUCUCUAUGGAUCAUUCAGUUCAGAAUUCUAGUGCCUCAACUAGGGAGUGGGGCCAUAAUAGAAUAUCUUCUGCUCACGGGGUUCAGGUUUCAGAUCCAAGUGUUUAUAAUCAUGAGACCAAUCACUCUCUUGUUGGAAGUAGUGUAGCAAAUGCUUCUGUAGAGAGUGGGGCUUUUAAUCAUGAUUUCAUUUUGGGAAGAAAUCUUGUUGCUCAAAGUUUUCAUGGUAACUCAACUCAAUCUGUGAGGGGUGUUCGCAGUAGCUAUUCUCAUCAGAGAUCUGCCCCAACUUUUAGGGCUUCUUCAAGCGCUAUGCGUGUAGGACAUGUGGGAUCUUCAGAUGAGGGAAUGCUGUUGGUAGCUGAAAGUUAUUCCUCUGGACGUCCAAGGCCAUUGUCCUCCUCAGCAUGGCGUCCCAGUGAUAGGAGUGGGAGACCAAGGAUAUUGCAUGACAGAUACCGAUCACUGGCAGAAGAGCCAAGUCUCCAUGAGCGAUUUUCUUCUGAGGGUUUUGUGAUUGUAGACCGCUCAACCAUGUACGGGCCGAGAAGUUUGGUCGAUCAGCAUAGAGACCUGAGGCUAGACAUAGACAAUAUGACCUAUGAGGAACUACUAGCACUAGGGGAAAGGAUUGGGUAUGCAAGCACCGGGUUGUCGGAUGAUCUGAUAUCGAAGUGCUUGACAGAAACAAUCUACUGUUCAUCAGAUCAAAUACAGGAGGAGGGAACUUGUGUAAUUUGCCUGGAAGAAUACAAGGAUUUGGAUGAUGUUGGGACACUGAAAACAUGUGGGCAUGAUUACCAUGUAAGCUGCAUCAAGAAAUGGUUAUCGAUGAAGAACAUAUGUCCAAUCUGCAAAGCUUCGGUGGUGGGGAAUAGUAAAAAGGAGUAACUUAUUUGUUCCUGUGGUUUAUCAUUUACCAUUCUUGUACAUACAAAAAAUAUUAAAUGUAUGUGGGGAUCCCUUCUUACGAAGGAAACAAUCGUUCAUAACAAAAAUUGUAAAUUAAAUGCUAGCCGACGUCAGUCCAUUUGUUCUUCUUGGCUUCCA